AUGACAAGCUUCUCACCCUUAUUGAGUCAUGUGUUCCUGAAGGGCCUCACUCCAUUAGCGUCCACUCCAAUGAAUCCUAACUACGAGUUCCAAAUUCUAAAUGUUCCUAUCAAAAAGCGACUACCUUCCUCCCACAUGAUGAGGCAACAACUACGGGACAUAGGUUUGCCUUCCCAUAUGGCUGUUGAUGUUCAUUACCCGGCCGCCAACAUCCUGAGCCUGAUAGUGCGUAACAAACAUUUUGUUCGCUGUCAGAACACCCUCCAUGCCGCUCAUCUUACCACAGUACCAGACUUUAUCCCUCUAGAUCCCGCCCAUUCUGAUCCAUCAUCAGUUCAAUAA